UUCAAAAGAAAUUAAUUUUUUUAAAUACAGGAACUGAAAAGAGCGCGCGUAUAUAGUCAGAGCCCCCAACAAAGUCGAUUUCGCACCUUCCUCACCAAGUUCUCCCAGACUUUUCAAUGGUUUAUUAAGUACCCUUUUGCUCUCUCAUUCCUAAAAAUCAUAUCUUUUCUUUUUGGUUUUUUUCUUGUUGAAUCCUCUAAGUUGAAAUGGCUAGGCAGGAACUGAAAGGAAGAGGAACAGUGUCAUUGAUGAUCAACGUGUUGAUCUUUCAGGUUGUUCGUUGUGCAUCUCUACAUGGCUGUUUUGCAGCAAUCGGUCAAAGCCCACCUCCUAGGAAGAGAUCCACUGUUUUUCCAACGGCUGUUAAUAGUCUUGGCUCCUCUGUUUAUCUUCCUGUUUAUGGCAAUGUCUAUCCUCUUGGGUAUUAUUCUGUGACAGUUGGAAUAGGCAACCCACCUAAGCCAUUUCAGCUUGAUAUUGAUACUGGCAGUGACCUCACUUGGGUCCAAUGUGAUGCCCCUUGUACUGGUUGCACCCUGCCUCGUGACCGACUUUACAAGCCGGCUAAGAACAACUACGUGUUUUGCAAGGAUCCCAUAUGUGCCGCCCUUCAAUCUCCGAAUCCACAUCAAUGCCGGAACCCUAAUGAAAAAUGUGGCUUUGAGGUUGAGUAUGCUGAUCAUGGUUCGGUUCUUGGUGUCGUUGUCUCAGACAGCUUUCCCUUACGACUUGUAAAUGGCUCGGUUUCUUAUCCUCACUUGGCCUUUGGUUGUGGAUAUCGUUUACAAAAUCGCGGUCCACACCCUCCUCCUGCCACUGCCGGAGUACUCGGACUUGGCAGAAGUAAAGCGAGCAUCUCGUCCCAAUUGAGUAGUAUGGGUGUAACACGAAAUUUGUUUGGCCAUUGUUUCAAUGAUAAAGGAGGGUUUUUGUUCUUCGGAGCUGAUUUCGUCCCUAAAUCGGGAAUGAGUUGGACAUCGAUUUUACCAAGUUCCUCCGAUAAACAUUAUUCUUCCGGUCCGGCACAACUAUUUUUCGGUGGGAAGCCUACUGGUAUUAAGGACCUCAACGUUAUCUUCGAUACGGGAGCCACCUACACUUACUUGAAUCCAAGAGUUUACGAAAAUGUUCUUAAUCUGAUAAGGAAAGAUCUCCGCGGAAAGCCCCUACAAGAAGUGAAAGAUAUAGCUCUUCUAAUCUGCUGGAAAGGCAGUAGGCCCUUCAAAUCCGUGCUCGAUGUUCGGAACUAUUUCAGCACUUUCACGUUGAGUUUUAUGGGCUCUAGUAACGUUCAGCUACAACUACCACCUGAAGCUUAUCUCAUUGUCACUGAACAUGGAAAUGUAUGCUUUGGAAUUUUGAGUGGCGCCGAAGCCGGACUAGGAACUAGCAAUGUGAUUGGAGACAUUUCAUUGCAAGGCAAACUGGUGAUAUACAAUAACGAGAAUCAUAGGAUCGGAUGGGCUUCUGCGGAUUGUAGUCGAAAGUUUAGCCGAUUUUGAAUCUCUUCUCUUGUAAUAUGGAAUGGGAACUUUUAUACAGAGAAACUAAAUGAU